ACUGUUAUGGUAUCAUAGAGGUCUUUGAAGCACAAUCCUGACAGUGCAGUGCGGACACCAGUCCACAGGGGAAAAGGAAAAUGAGAGGUUUAGCGAGCAACAGGAAAACCGCUAUGAGAACACAUUCCAGACAGAGCAGACUCAGUACGGGACAAUAAGGGGUGGGACAAAACUGUAUACUGUUUAAAAAUAUGUAAUCUUGCCUUCAGAUCAGGACAAUAGACAACAACAACAAAAAAAUUAUUGCUUAAUAGGAGAGGACUUUCAGAAAGCCUUCACUUGUGAAGAAGAAGGAGGCUGGGCUGGUUCCAAACCGACGACGAUGGUUCGUGUUGUCGGUUUAUCAGCGCAGAUUUGGACCGAGAUGAGAUAGAUAGGCAGCAGCCCGCUGUCUGUCGUUCUGCCAGGACACAGCUGCCAGUUCUUUUUUUUUCUUCCCCUCUUUUUACAUUUAGAGAGUUGUUGAACUUGUUGCUAAACGAGUGAGCAGUUUUCAUUUUUGGUGCAAAGAGAGAAAAACUUUUCCCAGAAACGACGGUCGGUCGUCGCCGAAGCAGGAAAGGAUGUGAGCUCUCUCUUAAUGAAACAAUUGAGCCGUUUAGACGAAAAGUAAAAACGAUUCAACUUAAGCCACUGUUGAAAUGGAGCCAGUUGUUUUUUAAACGUAUCUUGAAAUACGGAGGGACGCCAAGCUAACUUUGAUAUGGGAGACGUGCGGCGUUCGCAUCUGUCAAGUUAAAAGGCGAGCAGAAAACAGAGAUGGGAAGCUCUGCUCUGCUCACAGUGGUGCUAGUUGGGGUGCUUCUGUGGAUCUCUGCUAUACAUGCAGACUCCGAAGACGAUGAGAAGCUGCUGUGCACAUGUGAGAAUGAAAAAGGCACAUGCGUGAAUGGAACUUGCAGAGGAGACAUCUGCUUCUACAGCUGGGUGCAACGUUAUGAGGAGUGGGGCUGUUUCUCUAAAAAAAACGAGAGGGAGCAGUGCAACGCCAAAUUUGAGCGCUUCUUUGUCUACUGCUGCAGAGAGAACCAGUGCAACGCCUUAACCACACCACCUCCAAACAUUGAUGGAGAGCCGACAACAACGCCCCCACAACUAAGUCGUCCGGAGCUGUGGAUCAUGGUGCCUUUGCUGCUGUUAAUCUUAACUGCGGUUGUUUGCGGCCUGGUGCUGUUCUUGCGCUUCCGACGUGCACACUGCAAACUGAGAAAUACUGAAGACCAUGAUGUCACCAUGCUCAAGGUCCCUAAUGGAGAUGACCCCACAUACGGCGAUAUCUUUGAUGAGUUUUGUACAUCAGGGAGUGGGACAGGGCUGCCGUAUCUAGUUCAAAGGACAAUGGCCAGACAAAUCUCGCUUGCCGAGUGUGUUGGUAAAGGCAGGUAUGGGGAGGUGUGGAGGGGAACUUGGAUGGGGGAGAGUGUGGCUGUCAAGAUCUUCUCCUCUAGGGACGAGCAGUCCUGGUUCAGAGAGACAGAGAUCUACAAUACUGUACAGCUACGACACGACAACAUACUGGGUUUCAUAGCCUCUGACAUGACAUCCAAGAAUUCCAGCACCCAGCUGUGGCUCGUCACCCACUUUCAUGAGCUGGGUUCGCUCUACGACUUCCUGCAGAACAGCAGCUUGGAGCCUGAGAGCUGCCUGAGGAUGUGCCUGUCUGUGGCAUGUGGCCUGGUCCACCUCCACACUGAGAUUGUCAGCUCCCAGGAAAAGCCAGCUAUCGCCCACCGAGACCUGAAAAGCCGAAAUAUCCUUGUAAAGCGGAACGGACAGUGCUGCAUCGCUGACCUAGGUUUGGCUGUGAUACACUCUCAGUCCCAUGACUACCUCGAUGUGGGCAACAACCCUCGUGUGGGGACCAAGCGCUACAUGGCCCCUGAGGUGCUGGAUGAGACUAUUCGAAUGGACAUCUUUGAGUCCUACAAGCAAACUGACAUCUGGGCCCUGGCCCUGGUCUUCUGGGAAAUUACCCGCAGGACCAUUGUCAAUGGGAUUGUGGAAGAGUACCGUCCUCCUUUCUUUGACCUGGUGCCCUCAGAUCCCAGCUUUGAAGAGAUGAAGAAGGUGGUGUGUGUGGACCAGCAGAGGCCCAGUCUGCACAACAGGCUCCAUUCCCACCCUAUCCUGACGGCGAUUGUGAAGAUCAUGAAGGAGUGCUGGUACCAGAACCCACCAGCCCGCCUCACAGCCCUGCGGGUGAGGAAGACGCUCUCCAAACUGGACCAUGACAGUGACUUCAGCAUUGAGAAACUCAAGCAGGAUGUCUAGACCAGAGCACCAGGAUGAAACAUGGACACAAGAUUGAAAAUGCCCGAAGGGAUUUUGCACCACAUUCCAACAGGACGAGGUGCAUAUCAUUAGCAUAUUUUGAGCUAAUGACUCACACAGUCACUGUAUUAUAUUAAAACCAUAUGACUUUGAGCAGUAGUGUCUAGACUGGCUCACACCCAAGGCAAUUUUUUUUUGUGUAGCCUAAUUUUCAUCUGCCAUAUUUCUGGUGCCUCAAACCAAGAGCCCCCCAAAAGAAAACUAUUAAGAUCAAGGUAUUUUUCUUUUCAAUAUAUUCAGCUAAUAAAAGUUUAGAUCAGACAUUUCUACAGCAGGAUAAUUAACCGAACAAUUCACAGGCUGUUCUACACACACACAGUUGAAUUCCUUAUUUUAAAAAUCCCCCAUCGUCAUGACGGAAAGGAAAAUGUAGUAUAGCAGAAUUACUCAUUGUCUUAUCAAGAGGAGGAGCAUGUCAUUCUGGACUUUCUCUUAUAUACAGUAAAAUUCACUUGUGGGUUUUCCCAUAAUGACCAAAGCCACAGAAAGUCACAGAGAACACAAUGGCCUUGGUGUUCUUUAACUAUGAAUACAGGAAAUAUGUAACAUGCUCAUACCAAAGCACAUUAGCUGUUGUCUAAGCAUAUUUAACUUAUAUAGAAUGAGCAUUUAUUAUCUGCACAAAGACACAUUGAGCUAUCUAGUUGUACAUAUUCUAACAGCAUUGAAGCUGUUGUCUUGUAUCACCAAUGGUUUUAUUGUAAAUAUAUUUCAAAAGGGACAAUAUUUUCUAUUAUUCAUCAAUGAGACAUUUUAUAUACUUUUUUUACGACACAAUUCUUUCAAAAUAUUUUUUUACAAUUCUGUAGGCCUAAAAUGUACCAUCACCAUUACUACUGUCAGUAAAGGAAUUCACAAACAGACAUGUAAUAUUGUAUAUGUUGAAUAAAGGAUUGUAUUUUUCAA